AGGUUCCACUCUCUUGAAAAUAGGAUUUUUUGUGCUGCAUCGGUGUGACGAUGAGCUUGCCUUGAAUGUUUUGUGGAUUUCUUAAUUUUCCGUGGCGAACUUGUAGAUGGGUGGGUCAAGUGUUGUUUCGUUUUUACCAGGAGGAAAGUUCGGAAGAUUUGUUGAACAAUAGAAAGAAAGCAAAGAAAUUACGAAAUAAUGGAGUCCUCCGCAAAAGUUAAUCCAGACGGGAAUCAUUCUGGAAGGGUUGAAAAGAAGGGAGCGACUUCCAUGGGUAAAGAGGCUACGGGAAAGUCUUCUGGGAUGGAAAAGGAGAUGAAAUCUUAUGGAAGUGAACCGAUCGAUGAUACAGAUUCCGAUGAUGAAAGCGAUAUCUCUUUCAAUUAUUAUGAAUUUGAACGGAGGUUCGUGACGCGUGAGGAGUACGAAGAGACUUACGGAAAUGGAUGGAAGGACAGUUCGUCUUCGGUUCAUGAAAACGAAACCGAAUCGAAUGAAGAUGAGUCGCCAGAAAAUACCUCUUCAUUUGAAGACGCGAAAAAACCGGAUGACAAUGUUUCAGUAGUCGAAUGCUCCGGCUUGCUUUAUGACAUUCUUGAAUCUCCAGGGAUUUAUCGAAACUGGGAGAAAACGAAACGACAUCCAUUGGGUAUGAAACUGGAGGAUACAUCGCCGGUAAAACAACUUCAUGCGGAAUCCAAUGGCGAAAAAAAUCUCGAAGGAAGAAACACCUUGCGAAGUGGAAUGCAUUCAUAUUUCGAAAUAUCUGGCCUCUGCCAGAAAUCCUCGACAAAGCAUUCAAAGACUGGAAAUGCUGUAAGUUUAUUCACGUUUUUCUGCACUCCUGUCGAACACGUGAAGAAGAAACGGAGACGUGUAGUCGAUAAUCAUUGGGCCCUUACGUUGAGCAUUUUCUCUACUUUCAACAAAAUGUUGUCACACGUGUUACGUGUACUCCGGUUACAUCUCAAAUCUUGUCGAGAAACGUCAAUGUUUCAAGAUAAGUCAAGGCAGGUGAUGGCAAUGAAGGAACAAGUUUGGGCCAGUUUCAGAUCUGUUGAAGCGCAAAUCUACCAUUCCCCUUAUUUGAAACCAUGGGAGAAGGAUUCUCAUCGCCAAGAUGCUGACCAGAGAAUGAACGAAGAAAUUAGGCGGGUUUCUUUCCCUGAUGAUGGGAUUGGGUGA